CUGAGCCAAAGGGUUGUCUGGAGGCUCCAGGGCAAAGACACCUAGCCUGCCAUGCUGUGCCGUCUGCCCUCCAGGCUGCCAGCCAGGAUGUGGGGCAGGACUUUGGAGAAGCAGUCAUGGAGGAACAGCAGUCAGACUCCUUCCCCAUGUCUUAUCCACAGACUGGACCACAUUGUGAUGACAGUAAAGAGUAUCAAAGACACCACAAUGUUUUAUUCCAAGAUCCUGGGCAUGGAAGUCACAACUUUCAAGGGCGACCGGAAAGCAUUGUGUUUUGGAGACCAGAAAUUUAACCUCCAUGAGGUGGGAAAGGAAUUUGAACCCAAAGCUGCUCACCCAGUUCCUGGCUCCCUGGACAUAUGUCUGAUCACAGAGGUACCUUUGGAGGAAAUGGUCCAGCACCUCAAGGUUUGUGAUGUCCCCAUUGAGGAGGGUCCAGUCCCCAGAACAGGGGCCAAAGGACCCAUUAUGUCCAUCUACUUCCGAGACCCUGACAGAAACCCGAUUGAGGUGUCCAACUAUAUCUCCUCAUGAUUUGAGGCUGGCCCUCUGCCAUUCUGUUCCCUGUGAUGUCUCCCUCUCCCUUUCUGCCUGCAAACUCUCACCCAAGCCCAGAGAUCUCCAAGGACUGAGGACUUUGGCACUUCAUUCUUCCUACUUCGGGGACCUGAGUUGGGUUUGGGACCAAAAUUACAUGUCUGAAUGUCCUCCAUCCAAGGCUCCCCUAAUAAAUUAACAACCUCUC